AAGCAAAAAUGGCCGGCCCUCUUGCCCAACCACCCUCAAAUUCCUCCGCGCUCGAGUUCAAAUCAAACGCUUCAGGACCAACCCCCGGCCACGCGCCGGCCGUGGGCGCUCCCGCCUCGACGGAGGCGGCCGCGCCGCCCGUCCGCGUCCCGUCCCCCGCGGUGCUCGCCGUGCUCGGCGUCGUGGGCGAGCUCCGCGCUCGCGGAUUUCUCGCAAGGCUGGAGAACCCAGAGGCCGAGCUCACGGACGCGCACGCGCCUGCCCUGUUCAUCGGCGUGCUCGCGGCCUUCCUCGCCGAGGCGGGGCCCGCCGGGGCAACCCCGUCCCUUCUCAUUCCACUGCCGGCGCUCGCGGACGGGCGCGAGGUGGAGCUUCUCCGCCUGUUCCUCGCCGUGCGCGCUCACGGCGGGUUCGCCGCCGUCGCGUCCUGGGCGGCCGUCGCGGAGGCGGUCGGCCUGGACCCUGCUUCCGGCGCGGCCGUCAAGCUGCUGUACGAUAAGUACCUCGCGCUCCUCGAGCAUAGCAUCGGUACGCGCCGAGACGACCACGAGGUGGUCGAGAGCAGUGGCAAUGGCGACGGGCGCUUGCGCUCCAGGAAGGACAGGUUCCUGUCACCGACCAAGGGCCCCACGAGCGCUGGAUCUGCUCACCUGAAGCGGAAGAGGGAGCCGCUGGUGGAGAUGCUCAACUGGGUGCGCCUAGCGGCGAAGAGCCCUCAUAAACCGGGGGUCAUGGGGAGGAAGAGGAACUCCAGUAGCCACAUCUCCACGGCGCUUCUGCUUCGGCGCCAGAUGUUUUCAAACAUUGAUUGCCGCAGUGGCUCACCUCAGAAUGACCUUUCAAAUGUGGAGGGAGCGCAGGAGAAUGGAUGGGAUGUGAUACCUACGCUUCAGAAAAUUGACAGGAUUCCUGCUGCACCAAUUCGUCCCCGUGGCCGAGCAGACAUUCCAGAAUGGACAGGGAAGCCUUUAUCGCCUUAUGAUGAUCCACACACAUGGAAGUUUCUUGGAGAACCUAUUCUGCUUCCAAAAUCUAGUGAAGACCCUGAUGUUGGUUCCAUUGGCAAGGGUAGGCAAGAUGACUGCAACUGUCAAUUCCCAGGUUCUAUUGCUUGUGUCAGGUUUCAUGUGGCAGAGAAAAAGAUCGAACUGAAGUGUGAGCUGGGAUCAGCUUUUUAUGAAAUGGGGUUUCAUCACAUGGGUGAAGAUUUGGCACUAACAUGGACAAAGGAUGAACAGAGGAAGUUCAACACCACUAUCCAGAAGAACCUGCCUUCAUCCAGAUCCAAGUACAACUUCUGGGACAAACUGCGUGCUGUCUUCCGUUCCAAAGGCAGAAAAGGCCUUGUGAGCUAUUACCACAACGUUUUCCAAGUCCGGCGAAGAGCCUACCAGAAUCGCCUCACUCCAAAGUGUCCAGAUAGUGAUGAAGCUUCCAUAGAGCCUGGCUUCCUACACAAUCAAGGCGGUGGUCAGAGUAGUAGGUCAAGCUCUGCUGCUUCCAGAACCCGGAGAAGCUCUUAGGCUGUCUGAUCCUGAUAGAUGGUCACUGCCUAUCAUGUAUCAGUAAAUCCAGGUCACAUGUUGCUUCCUAUGGAACUCAAAUCAAGGUUGUUAUGAUUAUACUCACCAAAUUGGUGAUUGGAGACGGUAGGCUAAAGUUUCGGCAUCUCCUUGAGACUUGAUUAACUUUUUGUGAAUCUAGUAGUUUAUACCCCCUUUGUUCGUCUGAUUUUAAUGCUAUGUUGUUGACAUA